AUGCGGCCUUCUACCCCACUGUCGGCGGCUCUACCCCCGCUGAUAAUGGGCACCGCAACCUUCAAUUCGCAAUACAACGCAGACCCCUACGCCCUUCCUACAACAGAGCUCGUCCAGCGCGCACUCAAGCGCGGGAUCCGCGCCUUCGAUACAUCCCCUUACUACGGUCCCGCCGAAGAACUCCUCGGCCGCGCACUCGCAACCGACUUCGUGCAAUCCCACUUUCCGCGCGACUCCUACCACAUCCUCACAAAAGUUGGCCGUAUCGCCUCCUCCACAUUCGACUAUUCCCCACCAUGGAUCAGACACAGUGUUCGCCGCAGUCUGCAACGUCUCCACACUUCCUACCUAGACGUGGUGUACUGCCACGAUGUGGAAUUCGUCUCCCCCGCUGAAGUCUUAAUUGCCGUCCGGGAACUGCGCCGCCUCCGCGACGAAGAGGGUUUAAUCCACUACGUCGGUAUCUCAGGGUACCCCGUCGACGUCCUCAGUGAUCUUGCCGAGCUUAUCCUUCGGGAAACGGGUGAACCGAUCGAUAUCGUGAUGUCGUAUGCGAACUACACGCUCCAGAACACUCGGCUGCGAUCUCUUGCGCUGCCUCGACUUCUUGCUGCGGGUGUGGAUGUCGUACCGAAUGCUUCGCCGCUUGGUAUGGGACUUCUGCGUCGAGAUGGUGUGCCGAUCGGAUCGAUGGGCGACUUCCAUCCUGCCCCGAAUGCACUACGUAGUGCUAUCCACGAUGCGGCGGAAUGUGCUACACGGCACGGAGAAAAGUUAGAGGUUGUGGCAAUUCGAUUUGCGCUUGAGUCGUGGCUAAGGGCUGGAGCCAAGGCGGGAGGUCUUGGAGCACCGUUGGCGAAGCCAAUGGAUUCCGAUCCAGGCUUCUUGUCUGCUACUCAUUUCGGGACUGCAAAGCGACUUGGUGUUAGCGUGAUGGGAGUUAGCAAUCUCGAUGAGUUGGAAGAGACAUUGCGCGUGUGGCAUAGUAUUGUGGAUGGAUUGGAGAACUGGAAUGAGGACGACGAGGAUAUUGAGAGCAGAACUCAAUCUGCCGGUUCUUGUACCCCUGGUCAGACUGGGGCUGUCACCGGUGCAGUGCCUUCAUCCGCAGAACAUGCGUCUAACAUCCUCACGCCCUCGGAGGGUCUCAUCACCGAUCGAGCUUGGUCUCGCGGGCGCGAGGCUCAUAUUCUGCAAUUGGCUAAGGAGAUCAGGGACAUUCUGGGCCCCCAGUGGGUGGAUUACGUGUGGGACAGUCCUAGUCCAGACUUUCAGAAUUAUCUUCCUGAUGAGCAUAUCGCUACUCUGCAAAAGAUUGUUGCGGGCGAGGCACAGGGCAAGGAUGUCUCUGGUAUUGAAUCUAGCUUGCUUGAAAGAGAAGCUAUGCCUACACCACCGUUGGAUGCAGAGAAACAGCUUGCUUGA